AUGCUUUACUUUGGGUUUAGCCGUCCGACAGUAUUGUCAACUCUGAUUCUGCUCAUUGUUCAUCGUGUUUCAGCAGGGCCAACUGUGAAGGUUUUGAACGGUUCCUACGAGGGCUUGUUUCUUCCCAACUACCAGCAAGAUGUUUUCCUUGGGGUACCGUAUGCCAUGCCUCCCAUUGGGAACUUCCGCUUCAAGGCACCGCAAAGCAUCAACUCGAAGUGGAAUGCAACUCGUCCGGCAACGGAGUAUGGAAACAUUUGCAUGCAAUACACUGCUCCUCCCAGCCAUCCAAUGUCUGAAGACUGUCUCUCACUCAACGUGAUUCGCCCGAGUAAUGUAAGCGGCAUUGAACUUCUACCAGUCGCUGUAUGGAUUCAUGGCGGCGGCUUGUACGGGGGUUCAUCCCGGGACAACAAUCUGACCAACUUUGUGCGACAAGCCUCCGCGGCACGGAAGCCACUCAUAGCCGUCUCCAUCAACUAUCGGCUUUCGGCUUUUGGUUUCCUCUGGGGAUCCGACGAGGUGAAAGCCAACGGCAGUGCCAACAACGGCCUACGAGACCAGCGCCUGGCACUUCAUUGGAUACAAGAAAAUAUUGGCUUUUUCGGCGGUGACCCGCGCCGGGUCACAAUCUUCGGCCAAAGCUCUGGAGGCUUGUCUGUUGGUAAACAACUCAUAGCCUACGGAGGCAGAGACGACGGUCUGUUCCACGGCGCAAUCAUGCAAAGCGGUGGAAUGGUCGAAAAGUGGCCUUACAACGUGAAAGAUCCGGCCGCUUACACCAAGGAUCUCUAUCUGAAUCUGACAGAGACUACCUCUUGUUCCGAGGCGGUUAGUCCACUGGAGUGUCUUCGCAACCUACCCGUCGAGACCAUAUCUGCCGCCCUCAACGUGAGCAACACACCGGUAUUCUCAGGUACCGGACUCGGUCCUUGGCUCACUCAGGUCGAUGGCGACUUCCUUCAAGAUGGGCCCACGGCGUCUCUUAACAGAGGCCACUUCGUCCGUGUGCCAAUCAUGUACUCUACCACCACCGACGAGGCAACAGUCUUCAUGUUUGGUGGGAAGCUUGACACAGACGAGGACUUUAGAGCUCUGAUUGCAGCCGGGGGCCCAGAUAAUUCCACCGUCUCCGCCAUUGAACGACUUUACCCCAACGCCAACGGCACAGGGCUUCCGGUCGGGUAUAGCCCGACUGUUGAGGACGAUCAGCUUUACGGAUCUCAGUGGAAGCGUGGGGUCGAGUUCCAUACCGAUGUCGUCGAAACAACUUCUAGACGUAUGACACUCACAGCCUGGGCCGCUGCUGGAGCGAGAGCGUAUUCAGCUCGUGUCAAUCUGUUGCCUCCCAGCACGACGCCGCGCCUGGGAUCGCACCAUUCAAUGGACGUCUCGUUCAUCUUUGACGCUCUUGACGCAGAAACGAUGAGCGAAACGCAGUUCGUGGCGGCAUCGGAGCUCAUGGGUAGGGCAUGGGCGUCUUUUGUGUCGGAUCUCAACCCAAACAAUCAUGGAGUCUCCAAUACCCCUACAUGGCCGGCGUGGGCUGUUGAAAACUCGAACAGAACCAGACAUAACUUUGUCUUCAACGCCAAUAGCGACCCAUCAUCCAAGUCAUUUGUCGAAGUGGAUGAUUAUCGCUUGAGUCAGACAACAUACUUGGCAAGUGUCAUGCAGAGCCAAAUGUACUACUAG